AUGCUCACAACCGUCGUCCCAGGAUCAAAGCUGGUCCCUUCACACCUCCAAAACCAAUACAAAUACCAGGAGCAACAACCAGCAACCUUCAACCCCAACCGCCUUUCCCUCCCCAACGCUAAUGUCCUUCGCCUCCAGCAGCAAGCACAACAGCAGCAACAGCUGCAGCAAAAGCCCUCGCACAAGCAACUCUUCAUGCAGCAACUGCAGCAACAACAGCACCAGGAACAACAACAACAACAACAACAAAUGUAUGAAAAGUCCACUCCAAAGCCUCGACUCAGCCUUGACACCUCCGACGAGCGUCUACAGAACAUCACCUUUGUCAGCCAUAAUAACAGGCGGUACAUGAAGCUGUUCUCCCCAAGCCUUGUCGAUUCCCCUGUUACUUUUCUCGACAAGAAACAGUUGCUCGACGACAAGAAGCUAUGGGAAAACGGCCCCGACAUGGCCUUCCAGAAGCAGCUCGAAACUGAGAAGCGGGAAGCUUGGCGAGCGCGAUCGAAGCAGCAGAUGCGUGGAUUCUUCAUGGGCCUCUGGCUCGGAUGUUUGAUGGGCUUCUUGAUCCUUCAAUGGACCUCAGCAAAGGUGCUGUUUUGGAGCUCCGCUGCGAUCGUGCGCUCAGGCACACGGUGCACGAUUGCUGCGGUGGCCACCUGUGCUGCGGUCCUAACCUGCUUUGCCACCCUCAUCGUCAACCAGAGCCGCUACGCUCCCGAGUUCCAUAUCUAUCGGAGAACGGCUACCGUCGUCACCCUACCCUAA